AGAGACGGCGAGGGGGGGGGGGGGGGAACGCAGCGUGUUCGUGACGUCAUCAGAGGUCGACCGUGUGGCCCGGAGCCAAACAGGAAGUGGCGACAAACGGAAAAGACAACUGCUAAAAGCUUUUCGAACCGCAGCAAUGAGCACCGGAGGGGGAUUGGUAACCAAUCGUGGACGACGUUUCAAAUGGGCCAUUGAAUUGAGCGGUCCGGGCAGUGGUGGUAGAGGCCGAAGUGAUCGUGGCAGCAGCCAAGGAGACACUCUGUACCCCAUAGGCUAUUCAGAUAAGCAGGUGCCUGACACAAGUGUUCAGGAGACAGAUCGCAUCCUGGUUGAAAAGCGCUGCUGGGAUAUUGCUCUCGGUCCCUUGAAGCAAAUCCCUAUGAACCUAUUCAUCAUGUACAUGGCAGGGAAUACAAUCUCUAUCUUCCCUACCAUGAUGGUCUGCAUGAUGGCCUGGAGGCCCAUCCAAGCACUAAUGUCCAUCUCUGCUACAUUCAAGCUACUUGAAAGCUCAAGUCAGAAGUUUCUUCAGGGACUGGUAUAUUUAAUUGGCAAUCUGUUAGGAUUGGCCUUGGCAGUUUACAAGUGCCAGUCAAUGGGGCUACUGCCAACUCACGCUUCUGACUGGCUAGCUUUUAUUGAACCACCUGAGCGUAUGGAGUACACAGGUGGGGGUCUAAUCUUAUGACCUGACCCAUUUCCAGAAAUCAACUGCUGCUCUAGGUGUCUUGCCUUGGUAUUGUGAAUUAUUCUUCCUUCUGUUGACUCCAAAACAUGCUGGAUUUUAAGUGCAUUGUUGCUGCAUUGUGGAACAGUAAGGAAGCAUUUACAGAAUGUUUAUCCAGAACAGGAAGGACUGGUGUGCUUUGGAGGAGUUGAAGCAAAAGAUUUGCCCUGGUAAAUUUCCCCUCGGUUAAAAGCAAAAUAAAAAAAUGUUAACUUUUAAA